AUGCCAGUAUCAAUUCCACAUUACCAUCAUGAUCAAAUCAACGACAAUGGUUUCACUGUAGUAAGAAACUUUCUCAAUGAAGAAGAAGUUGAAUACUACAAGAAACUCACAAGAGAGAUUGUUCAAUUCGCUAGAGAUGGAAAAUGGACUGAGGUUAGAACCAGAGGGAAACAAUUCCCUCCAUGGCCCAAAAACUUCAGUCCUGAUAUUUGGGGAGUAAGUGGAUUACUUCACCCUGAUAUGAUUAACAACAAAGCUUUACAAGAGGUUUAUUCCACGGAGAAAAUCCUUGAUAUCGCUAAAGAUAUCUUACAAUGUGAUAAAGAUGAUUUAUCUAUGGAAUUAUUUAAUAUGUUGAUCAACCCAUUGACUGAUUUUGGUCUUGAUUGGCAUAGAGAUUAUAUCAAACCUGAAGCUACUCCAGAAGAAGAAACUGAGCAGUUAUUAGCUAAUCCAUUCGCUGGUACUCAAUUCAACUUGUCCUUAACCCCAGAUAAAUGUCUCAUUGUUAUUCCAAAAUCACACAAUCGUAUUAGAACCGAAGAAGAAAGAGAAAAAACCCAAGCCGAAGACCGUCAACAAUUUAUUUCUGGUCAAAUUACUGUUGAUUUAAAUCCUGGUGAUGUGGUUUUCUAUAACUCUAACAUUUUGCAUCGUGCUCAAUAUGAUAGUACUCAAGAAAGAUUGACUUUACAUGGAUCCUAUGGUCAUAAGAAUUUCGGGAAAUUCAGAGCCAAAGGAGUUUUACAACACGGUGUAGGUAAAUGGGUUAAUGAAUUUGAACCUGUCAAUGAUAAUAUGAAACAAUUACAUGAAAAAUUAGUUAGUUUAUCCAAUGAGUUUAAACAAGAUUUGGGAUUCUCUUUAGAUGGUUAA